CAAGCGUCCCGCUAUCCCAGAGAGGUUAAUUCUUCCCAAAGGUUCUGUACAGCUGUAAUCAGACAACCCAACAUUUGUCCCAUCAGAUAUUUACAUCCCACUUAAGACACUCCUCCUUCUCUCCAAUCCUUAAAUGUUAUGGCUCUACAGGAAGCUAAUAAAGAGGGUAACAGGAUAACAAACCUUUAUUAGUCCCUUAAGAGAAUCUGUCCUCCCCUCCUGACCUCAACCCCUCCGUCAUCUAAUCCACAGAUGUUUCACACGUCGCUCUCCUCUCAUCCCCCCAACACAUUCCGAAGCCACCGGUCUUUCUUCAGAGAACAAUUCACUUUCUCCUUUGAUUCUAUGCUUCUUCUCUCUCAUUUAUUUAAUAUCUCAAUGUUCAAAAUGUCAAACCCAACAAAGCUAAACGUUAUGUUUAUUUUCAUUCAUUUAAUUUGUUUUGUUUAUUUUUCUUACAUUUGAUUACAGACAGUACACCUAUGUUGCAAUUAUAUGAGAUUUUUUUCCCAUGAAUAAUUGUAGAGGAUGUCUUCAUUGAUUACAUGCUGGAUAGAUAUUAUGGAAUUAUAGAUUUUCUGUCAAUUCUUUUGGGUAAUAUAAGUGUAUUGCCUAUUGUGAAAGUGUGUAAUCUACUGUAAUUUACAGUACUGUAGCAUAUCACRUUCAGCACUUSUAAGGGKAUAUAUUGCAUUGUUUGCUAUUGGAUGAACUGGUUGUUAAAACUACUAAAUUGAGAAGAUAUCAUUAUGUUGUUUUGGUGAUUAAACCAAUGUUCUCAUAACACUUCACAAUAAACCUUUGAAUCAGUGGUUGUGUGGUGAGAGAUGUUUACAAUCCAAAUGAACGCACCAUGYCAGGUUUUGAAUGAAAGAGUUGCUGCAUUAGUGUGACCAGUUUGGUAUGUACCACAUACUUGUGAAAACAGUACCAAAAUCGAUUUUAAAAAACUAGGCUUGAGCGUUCUCACCAAGGGUGUGAAAAACACUUCUGCUUUGUGAACUUCAGUCCAUCAAGAGUCUGAAAUGAUAUAACCACUGAAAGGAAAUUACGCUAUGGUGAUAGAGAAACUUCCCUCUUGGCACACACUGGAUGAAUCAACAUUGUUUCCACAAUAUUUCAACAAAAUUGCGUUGAACCAAUGUGGAAUAGACAUUGAAUUGACGUAUGUGCCCAGUGAGUAGUGUAUGUUGAGAAACUUGUUGUGCAGAGACACUCUGACAGAGAGAGAAGCAAAGGAGAGAGUGAGGGAGAGGACAAUGGUUAAAAUGGCUGUUUUGGGACUGCUUGGGUCCCUUUUAUAUCUGCUAACAGGUGUCAGUGGAYAAACUGUCCCCCACAUCACCACAGAGGGAGAUGAUGUCAGUGUGCUGUGUAACAAUGUGGUUUAUCCAAACUGUUCCUCAACUACAUGGAUCUUCAACAGAGAUGGAUCUUCCACUGAACUAGUCCGUCUAGGGAAGGUGAUAAAACAACCACAACUGAACAACAUGGCUGACAGACUGAGUUUGGGGUCUGAAUGUUCUCUAAAUGUUAGUGAUGUCAGAGCUGAGGAUGCUGGACGCUACACUUGUCAACAAUACCAUACAGAGGGUGGACCACAACAUGGAGAGGAUGCUCCUGUUGAUCUGUCUGUUCUAACCAAGAUCAUAUCCUCCACAACUGCAAGAACAUCCACAUCAUCCAAUCCAUUCCCUUCUGGUUCUCCUCCACCAAUCCAGAUCCUCGUCCUCCCUGUGGCUGUGGGAGCAGCUGUGUGUGUUGUUGCUGCUGUCAUCGUACUACACAAAAGGAGAACAAAUAACCGAAUGUCAGCUGAUGACAAAAUUGAUCUGACUGCAGGAAGCCACUCUAACGUACCAACCAAUGAGGACAAGCAUCAACCUGAUGGCAAUAUCACCUAUGCCUCCAUCCUCCACUUCAAUCAAAAUCCCCCGCAGAGUGUUGAUCUCCAGGGUGAGGAUGCAGUGACCUAUUCCUCUGUUAAGCCCUCUACUACCAGAGGGAGAGAGACAGUGAACCCUGCUGACCCCAGCUCCCUCUACUACACUGUCAACUAACCUCAGGGAGRCAAGACAUAAGGAGAGACAGUGAACCCUGCUGACCCCAGCUCCCUCUACUCCACUGUCAACUAACCUCAGGGAGRCAAGACAUAAGGAGAGACAGUGAACCCUGCUGACCCCAGCUCCCUCUACUCCACUGUCAACUAACCUCUGUUGUUUAACCUUUGUUUAACUAGGCAAGUCAGUUAAGAACAAAUUAUUAUUUACAAUGACGGCCUACCCAGG